AUGUUGUCGAUUCCCGUCACUGUGCCACCCUCCGAGAGGUCGGCGGUGCAGGCGGUGUGUGAGGCCCGGCGACAGUUCCUUGCGGCCCACGUUGCACAGUUGUACGCGAACACCAACCCGGCGGAGUUGUGGAAUAACAUCGUGAAGUACAGGGAGCGACGCGGUGACGAGAGCGGCGACUCAGUAGAGUCAUACGACGAGCUGCGAUUGUCUUAUAGUGGUUAUAGGAACAUGGUGUACAGCCUAAUCUUUCGUUUGUCUCCUGAAGAGGAGGAAUCAGCACCAUCAAAAGAGCGUGAUACACGCAAACAUCUGUACUUUAACCAUCCUUUUUUGUCUCCAGCCACAUUCCUUGCUUUUUCGCGUGCAGAGGAUGGGACAGUUCCUGCCGUCCCGUUGUACGCCUUUGCGGCCAAGCGUCUUUUGCUCUAUAGACUCCGAAUUGAACUUGAGCUUGUUGCCGGAGUGCCGUCACCCUCAUUACAGGAUCCAACUACAAGAGUUGCGAGCCGAUUGUUGUGUCCACCGAGUGCCUCAUCACCUCUCUCCAAUGGUCUCACACAGGAAGACAUAGAAAGUUUUUUAUAUGAACUGGUGCCAAAUCUUCGUCUUGUGCGAGAUAUGCCACCAUGGAUGCAGCCAUAUUACCUCUGUCACGCUUCUAGAAAAUUUAUGUUUAUGUGCGAUACAAGACGUACAGGAGCAAUAUCUAUUGACAGUAUGAUGAAGAGUGAUGUGUUUUCAGAAUUACUCCGCAUAUUUGAGAGUGAUGCGCACGAUGCCAUCACAACAUUUCAAGUUGGAUGUACUGUAGAUGUUACAGCAAAGCUUGUAUCACCAGAUGCUGCUGAUGAUGAUACUGUUCCAGCAAUUGUACUCUCAUACGAAGGUGAUGGUAAUGACCCAGAUGAUAUGUAUACGGUGAAAACAUUAACAGAGGAUGUUGUUUUGAAUAUUCACCGUAGUCAAAUUUACUGGAACUCUGGUUCAAUGGAAUUUCUUACUCCAGAUGUACUUAGUAUGGAUAACUGGUUCUCUCUAGCCCUUAUGGGACGCAUUUACGAACAUUUCACAAGUUUAGAUCUUGAUGGUGACGGUGUUCUGACGCUAGAUGAACUUUCGCGAUACAGUGAUGGUAGUUUCACGCGGCUGGUGAUUGAAAGGGUUUUUGAAUGUCACGUCCCACAGAGUGGUAAUCGCCAUAUAAUGGAUUACAAGACUUAUUUAGAUUUUGUUAUUGCUACAGAGCACGCUUCUACUUUACCUGCGCUUAAGUACAUCUGGAGUAUUCUGGAUCUAGAAGAGACAAAGUCGUUUGUAACAGUUGAAACACUACGAUGCUUUUGCAAGGAAAUCGCUAACGAGCUUAUUGUGAAUGGUCUCAUGGCAGACAUCUCUGCACAGUCGAUUCUCUCUGAGGUGAUAGAUAUGAUUAACCCAAAGUGGCAUGAGUGGGUUGAGUUGGAUGAUAUUGCGCGCUCUGGGCACCAAGCCACUGUUCUCCCAAUUCUCCUUAGCUACCGCAAUUUUUAUGCGUAUGACUGUCGCGAACAAACAGCAGCUGCUGCCAAUGAUGAGUAUGCUUAG